AUGACUCUGGGCAGGAAGGGGUUAACAUCUUGGGUGAUCAAUGGGUUAACUGUGUGCUGUUUCACAGUAUGCUCUCUCCCGUCAGCUCCUGCACACUGCUUUGUAUGGCUCUGCAUAGCAGAGCCGUACAAAGCAGUGUGCUUACUGUGUAAAGCACACACACACAGUAAAACAGCACAUAGUUAACCCUUUGAUCACCCAAGAUGUUAACCCCUUCCUGUCCAGAGUCAUUAGUACAGUGUCAGUGCUUUUUAUUAGCACUGAUCACUGUAUUGAUGUCACUGGAGAUGUCAGUGACAGCUAGUCAGUUCCCCCCCAAUAUCAGAAUGCCCGCCGCAGUCCCGCUAUAAGUUCCUGA